AUGCAUCGUAUAUGUAGUCCCACGGGAUUGGCGCACACAACGCCAGCAAGAGAACACAAGUGCGAAACAGUACAAAAGGGGAAAGUGGGGAGAUGCGGAACACGAGGGACACAAGUGCGCUCACCCAUUGAGGCGGAACAUCGGCGUGCUGGUGGUGCUGGUUGUGGUGAUGCCGCCUGUCCGGCUGGUGGUGGCCGUUCACCGCCGCGCACGACGUCGCCGCCACGCCGUACUGACGUCAGAAUGACAAAGGUCAAAUCAAAUAGGACACGGAGAGCGAAGGAGAAGCGGCACACGUGCGUAUUCUUAUGUAAAAAGACAUUUGGCAAAGGCGUCCCCUCCUUAAAUAGAAGGAGCUAUGAGCGCAGUUGA